AUGUCAUGGUCUUUAACGAGACGCGCCAUCGCCGUCUGCGCCAUCGCCGCCGUGAUCGCGUUCCUCUUCAACGCGUUUGGCAAGAACAUCCAUCGUAUGAGCAAGAGGAUGGAGGAGGAGGUCAGGAGGGCAGGGGACCUUGGGCCAGCGAUCAUCUUCGCCAUGGCUCUCGUCACUUCGCUGCCCAUCCCCGUCUACAACAUCAUGCUCAUGUUCGCAGGCUACGUCUUCGGCUUCGGCUCCAUCAUUCUGGUUACCUUCCUCGGCAGCCUCGCCGGGUCCACCUUGGUCUUCCUCCUCUGCAGGAGAUGCUGCUCUCAGGAUUUCUUUGCCCGCUACAUCCCCCACAACAGCAGGUGGCGCCCCAUGGUCGAGGCCUCGAGCGGCAACGGCUUCAAGAUCGUCUGCCUCCUCCGUAUCAUCCCGUUCCCCUUCGCCGUCCUCAACAUCGCUGCUGCUGCUCUCCCCAUCUCCUCCGUCGCCUUCGUGCUGGCUAACGCGCUCACCAUCCCCUUCAAGCAGGUGAUCUACAUCUACAUCGGAAGCAGCUGCAGCAAUCUCAUCGAGGUUCUGGGCAAGGGCAACUCCACUAGCAGCCUGAGCUCCAGGCUAGUGCAGCAGUUUGACCUGACCAGCGCCGCUCGACUCCUCAUGGUCCUCACCAUUUUCGUCGCUGCCUCUCUGUACGGCCGCAAACACCUGAAGAAGAUGUACCAGACCUCUCAACACCCGCAUGCUGGGCACGACCUGAGGAAUGAGAAGGAACUGAGCUGA